CAAACCUCAGCUGAGGAUUGAAUCUGCAUCAGUGGUUAAAGUGCGUCGUUUUGUUUUAUCCAUAUGUUAAAAAACUUGUUAUCGUGGGAAUUUAACCAAUUUAAUAAAUAUGUACAUCAUACAGGCAAAUCAGCCAUCCAUUUCACCACCAUCGUAGAUUACCUUGAUUGCGCUAAUUUUUAGUUAAUAGCUGAAUUGAAAAAAAAUGUAAACUAAAUACAUACGUAAAUAUGUAACAUCAUAUCAUUGGCUCUUUAAGUGUUUUAGUGCAUGUUAAAAAUUACACCUCAUUCAUUAAUUACUUACAUAAUUCUACGUCGAGAUGGAGGGAAAAUCCAGCCACCUAAAAAUUCGUGAUGGAGUUCUUUUCAUGUUAAGAGGCGUCCGUCCCGGAUGGACUUGUUCCAGUUAUCGUCUUGACUUCGACUGGGAGCGAGAAGCCGUACUUCUGAAUAAACCUGGGCAAAAGUACACGAUUGGAAAAAAUUUGGAAAGCUUCGACCCCGGAAAAUAUGGACAGUUUUUGAAAUUUUGUGACAAUGCUGACGUUUCCGAGGAACACUGUCAAAUUGAAUGUGAUGCGAGUGGAAACUUUUGGCUGCGUAGUUUAGGUCAAGCAAAAACUUUCCUCAAUGGGAAAUUGAUUCAAGAUUCUCCAGUCAAGCUAAAAUUUGGAGAUAUACUUUACUUUUCGUACAUUUUUUCACCAUUUUGGGAUUCACUAUUAUUUCACCUAGCCAAAAGUAGAGGUAGGAAGAAGCUGUUGUAUCGCAAAAACUCAUCGGGUGAAGAAUUUGCUGUAUUCAAAUUUGAUAUAUUGACGCUUGGUGACCCAGUAAAUCGGAAGUUACCGAAUAGAACAAAAUAUAAAGCAAGUAACCAGGACAAAUCGGACCCCGGUCUCCCCGAUUUUAAAAACAAGUCACCAAUUUACCCCCUGCAUCACCCCAUUUUUGAAAACCACAUCAUCCUCACAAAAAUAUUUGAACACUUGGCCAACCCAGACCCCUGGAUGCCCUGGCACCAAAGAAAUCUCUUCAACUUUCGCCUCGUCUCGAAAUCUUGGAACGACUCGGCGCGACUCGUCCUACAGAAAAAUUUCGUACCGAAAUUCCGCAUAGUUAUUGACAAACUGAUCCUCAACCCAUACUACACGACGAACCGAUUCGACACGCAUCGAAUGAAGGGGCUAAAAUUUGACGCCAUGAACAUCGACAUCUGGCCAGAGGCGUCUACUUGUCACAUGCGAGAUAACCCAAACCGGGACAAAGCAGUGAUAAAAUUCAACCAAGAUUUCUCCGCGUUUAUAAACCAUCCAGAUUUCCACCCGCUCAAAGUGCUCACCAUGAAUGUAGAUUAUUUGACCCCGAUUUCCACCCUCCUCACAAAAUUUUGCCCUUCUUUGGAAGAACUCGACAUCCAAAUUAACAUGAUGUGGAUUAACGAUGAGAAAAUCUUGGACAAAUCUGGAUUCCCGGAAGAUCUAAGGUUUCCAAAAUUAAAAAAGUUAACCCUCGAAUUCUGCGACCAUGCGAGAGGCGACCUGAACAAAAUGUCGGAUUCUAAGUGUCUCGCCCAACUCCUACAAGCCACUUGUAAAAUUGAGGAGCUCGUGUUAAAGAAUUAUGGAAAACUUCCCGGAAAUUUCGACUCUUUUGAGAAUUUGAGAAAAAUCACAAUUUACGGUGGGAGGAAGUAUAACGUGGAAAUUUUGAAUUUGCACGACUUUCUCGUCCAGUUCAUGACCUUACCGACGGAUCAGUUAAGCUCGUUCAAACUAGACAUUGGAUGGAUUCCGGUCCAAUCGAUGCCAGAGGAAGCGUUGCUGAAUUUCUUGGAAAAACAGCGACAAAGUUUGGAAAACUUGGAAAUCUCGGUAAACGCAGGAUUUUUUUAUCAAUGUAUAAAAGUUCCGAGAUGCAUGCCAAAGUUGAAGAAGUUGUGGAUAAGUGUUACUCCUGAGAGGAAAUGGGUCUGGGCAUGGGGGUUUAAAUUGAGUAGCCAAUUGGCCAAGGGCAGUGGGGAUUUUACGAUUGCGAGUGAUUCAGAAAUUUUGGAGGCACCCUUGGUUGCUCGUGAGGGGAGCAAAUGCGGUCAAAAAUCGUGCCCUAGUUGCAAUGAUAGUUUGGUGUAUGGAACGAGGAAGAAAAAUAAUGGCAAAUAAACCGUUUAUACAAUCAUGUACUUAACCAAACUAGUGUCGCAGGUCAAAACGGGUAACAUUUUCGUGUUCAGUGAUCAAAAUCUGUGCAAAUUUACACCUCAAAAAAGUGAUUUCUACAUUUUUUUUACAUCUGACCUCUUCCAUGUGGUCAACAGGUCAACGAGGGUCAAAAUGUUCUACUCCGCUUUUAUUUAAAUUUCCCCAAGGUGGAGUAAAAAAGAGAGGACAACAAUUGGGUGAAAUUGUCCAAUAGUUGGAUAAAACUUAACCUAAUUAAUUCUUGUGUCAUCCUUUCUGUUACUCCACCUUGAGUAAAUUUUACUUAUUUUUAUUACCGUACAAUACAUAUUUACUAAAAGUGUGCAUUAUGCCAAAUUGUGAAGUAUUAAGUUAAGUGUAAUUGUAGAGUGAUUGGCCCCACAUUUCUAAAUAUGUCGCUUCUGUGUAAAAGUGUCAUGUCUAAAAACUCGAUACCGUUUUUGAUAAUUAGAAAUUGUGAGACUUCUGUGAUACCGAUUUAUUGUGUGUGUCCCAUAAUUCUUCUGGGAGUGUAUCCAACUUUUCCUUGAGACAGGUUUUCUUGAAUUAUGAGCCAGAUUCUAGAUCGGGUAGAUUUAAUCGUCUUCGAUACAGUAUUUAUACAUCUCCAACAACAUGAUAUGAUAGUUAUCUAUCUAGUUAUUGAGGCUGGAAGAUGUAUGUAAUGCAAGUAAAUAUGCAAAUAGAUAUUUAUGCAAAUUUGUGAUACAUACUUUUAAAAAUUAAUAUAAAUAAAUAUGUACAAGUAGAAAUUAUUAAAAUUCAAAAUACAAUCAUAUAUAUUAAGUACACCCUAAACACAUUUGCUUCACGUUCGUCUACGUAAUUCUCCUCUCAUUCAAAAUGGUUAACAGUGUUAAUAAAAUUAUCAUGCCGACAAUACUUCCAAGCUCAUAUGGAAAUAUGGCAAAUAACUUCCACCCCCUCGUCAUAACAGAUCGCAUCAUUCGAAUUGGAAAAGUCGCUGGGAGACAGUAGCAGAAAGGUCGGUACCACCACGCAACACUCUCCACAGGCCAGA